GGUCAUCUGUUUUUUGUGCGUCAUUUUGGAAACGGCCGCGAAUAUUCUGCUGGUGGAAAUUCUGUUUUAUCCUGUUGGAAAAUAUAAAGAGCUGAAAUGUCGGGAACUUCGCAGAAACACAGGAACUUUGUGGCUGAGCCGAUGGGCAACAAGUCGGUGACCGAAUUGGCCGGCAUCGGGGAAACCCUCGGCGGACGCUUGUCGGAAGCUGGAUUUGACAAGGCCUACGCCGUUCUGGGACAGUAUCUGCUGCUGAAGAAGGACGAGGAGCUCUUCAAGGACUGGAUGAAGGAGAUCUGCCACGCGAGCUCCAAGCAGGCCUCCGACUGCUACAACUGCCUGAACGACUGGAGCGAGGAGUUCCUGUAGGGAAGGUCGCGACCAAGCGGGUGUACUUCUGAUAGGAAUCUGCUAAAUGUACUGACAAAUCAGCCGAACGCACUCCUAGUAUGUAAUACAAUUAAACGUCGAUCUCUUCAGAUGAA